UCGCGAAGCUCUCACCAUGUGCGCUCGCUCUUCAGUGCCGGCGACAGUAGCAACAAUCUGAGGAGGAAUAUUGAAGAGAUAUAAGCAUCAAGCAGACAGACGAAGAGCAGGUUAGCAUGGCUGCUACCAAACAAGAGAGGCGAUCUGUUAGCAUUAGGCGCUAGCAUCUCCCAAACAAACACGUGUACGCCUCUUAAACUACAACUAAAACAGCCCGACUUUCGCCCGCUGUCACGAAAUAGAUGAACGCAGAAGCAACUUGCAAGAUGCGGCAGCAGUUUUUGCUCUUCCCUUUCCUGCUUCUAAGGGCUGCCAGCGUGCAGGUCACCGGUUUGGGGAAGACAACCGUGGAAUAUGGCAUGGAUGCUUUCUACAAGUGCGAGCUGCACAACCAGAAAGGUGUGAAGCAGGUGACGUGGCAGAGGCGUCUGCGGGACAAUCGCUUUGAGAAUGUGGCAUCUUACAGCGAGGACCACGGACAGCACAUCAACGAGCCUUACCGGGGCAAGGUGAUUCUCAACGAGACGUCCCUCAGCUCGGCGUCCCUCACCCUGAAGAGCGCCACGUGGGCAGACGAAUGUUGUUACAUCUGCAUCUUCAACGUGUUCCCGGAGCCCUCCAAAAGGAAGCAGACCUGCCUCACCGUGCAAGGAAUCUCUGAGGUGAACGCAACAGCAGAUCAACCAGAAGGCGGGCUCACCGACGGAACCGCGACAGUUGUGUUCAGCUGCUCCGCCACCGGGAAACCGCCACCCUUCAUCCGCUGGGACUUCUCGCACAACGCCACCGUUUUAAACAAGACGGUGUCCACCACGGUAGGCAACGAGGACGGCACGUUCAGCAGCACUCACAAUGUCACCAUGCUGGUGGUGGGGAGUUGGGACGGCCAUGUGGAUUGCGUGGUGCAAAGCAGCAGUCAAAAGAGGAUGGUGAGGGUCCCUUUUUCUUGGGAUGCCACCAGCCUGGAGGAAGAAGACACAGCAGGUGGAGCACCACCCAAAACAAGAGUCAUUCCUACUGUGAGCGUUGUGAUGGCUGUGAUUGGUGUGAUGGUCCUCAUAGUCCUAGGAGUCCGCAUUGGAAGAAAACCAAAGAGGUUUAAGUUCUGGUCAGUUGUGUAGUUUUUCGUGGGCUCUCCCAGACAGCUUGCAGCUUGGCGAUCAGCAGAAUGAACCAACUUAGCAGCCAAUUUCAACCCAGCACUUUAUGCAGCUUCAGAAUGUUUCACUUACAGCAAGUCAAUGUCUUGGGGCUUUGGUGGUAUUUCAUUAGCCUUUGAAAAGGAAGACACACCUACUUGAGUUUGUCAUUUACUCAGCUGAUCGGAAUGAUACCUUAAGUUCAUACCAUUGUAGAAGGAACAGUCAAGUCAUUCUCAAAAGGGACGUUUUUGUGCAUCCUAGUUGGGCUUUUCAGUUGAAAGAUUCUUGGCAAACUGAAGACAGACCGUUGAAGUCAUUGGAUAUACCUGACACACUUUCAGAUCCAAUGUUUAGAAAAAACAUUUGGCUCAUUUGCAAAUUUAAACUUCUCUGAAUUAUUUUUAUACACGCUGGAUCUUAUUUAUAUUAUGGUUACGUUAUAAAUUAUAUAUAUAUAUGUAUGUUUGAUUGAUAUAUAAGUUUGAUUUUUAUGUUGACGCUGAUUUGAAAAUACACACGUAUAUAAUUGUGCAAGUUCAAUGCAAUGCCCUCUUCUGCUGCAGUACUAAAGAUGAAAUAUGUAGAUUUAUGUUUGAGUUCAAAUAAAACAUUCACGCACUCGA